GCAUUUAGGCCGGUGUUGGCCGGCGAGCGCGCGUGCGCGAGCGCGCAAAGACGCCCUCCACUGCCGCUCCCCUCCACUGGGGGUCUAGCGCACAGCUCCGCUGUCCCCGGCUCUCCCGAGGCUCGCGCCCUCGGGUUUGCUGCCGCCUAGGGCGAAACUACAGUUCCCAGAAGGCUUCGCGCGAGGCGGCUUGGAAGUGGGCAGCCUGGAAGUCACUCGGGCCACCCGAGCUGGCGGCGUCUCCAGCGAACGGCGCGGAGCCGGACGCCGCGGUCGUGGGGCCCGCGGGGCGGGCAGCCGGGACGCCCAGGUACAAUAAUGCUGCUGGGGUUCUGCUUAAGAAAAAACCCUUAUCUUUAAGACCCACAUUCUGAAAUACAUGUGAACUGUUGCGCAGCUUCUGACCAGCCUCAGCUCUCCUGGGACCCUCAGGGAGCACUAGUGUCCGGAACACACGGAGGCAUGGCAGGGAGGACAGCCCUGCAGCCUGCCGGCCCUCACCAGCAUCUCCUGCCUGCUCCGUCCCGCUGAGCUGCUCAGACUGGAGGCCCCAGGACAGCACCUGCCUCCUGAGGUUGUCCUGGCUCAAGUUGUCCACCGCGAUGGUGGAGAACUGGACUCCACAGGCUCACAACCUUCCUGUCAGGCUUCAGGGGCCAGCAUCCUUCAUCCUGGGCCUGGCGGCCCUGAACAAUGGCUGAGGGCCAGGGGACCCCAUAAAGUCACUCCACAGCUCACAGGGGGCCAGCAGCACUCCAGCGCCCGUGGACUAUGACCACUUAUCGGCCCAUUCCCAAUGAUGGUGUGGAUCUGGCAGCCAGUUGUGGGGCCAGGGGGGCUGACGUCCUCCCUGGGCCCCACACCGGGGACUAUGCUCCCAUGGGAUUCUGGGUCCAGAACGGCGGCAUGCCCCAGCCCAUUGGUGAGAGCCCAGUCAGCGCCACCACCCGCCCCAGUCCCACCACUCCUGCAGUGCCCAAGAUGGGCGUGCGCGCUAGAGUGGCCGACUGGCCGCCCAAGCGGGAGGCCCUGAGAGAACAAAACAACCCAAGCCCCUCUCAGGACUCAGAUGGCACGAAGGCCACAAAGGUGGCCCAUUCCAUGAGAGGCAUGCAGAACGGACAGCCCCCCAUCAGCACCCCGGCUUCCUCAGGACCCAAAGCCUUCCACCGACUCUCCAGGAGAAGGUCCAAAGAUGUGGAAUUCCAGGACGGAUGGCCCCGGUCCCCUGGCCGGGCCUUCCUGCCCCUGCGGCACCGCAGCAGCAGCGAGAUCACACUCAGCGAGUGUGACGUGGAGGACACGGGGGAGCCCCGGGGACCCCGGCACACGGGGGCCCUGCCCCUCUUCCGGGAGUACGGAAGCACGUCCUCCAUCGACGUGCAGGGCGUGCCCGAGCAGAGCUUCUUCGACAUACUCAACGAGUUCCGCAGUGAGCAGCCUGACGCCGCGGGGCCCCAGAGCCUCCGAGAGCUGCUCCAGGCUGACGCUGGCCCCCACGUCCCCGGGGGCAGCGGCGGAGCCAAGGGGGACCCCCGCAACGGCCAGCCCGCCAAGGACAGCCUCCUGGGGCUCCAGCCCGCCAAGGAGAAGGAGAAGGCCCGGAAGAAGGCUGUGCGCGGCCUGGGCGGCGGGGACGCCACGGACUUGUCCAUCUUCCGGAAGCUUCGCAGCGGUAAGACGGACGGUGAGGCGGGCCGGGCGCCAGGGGAGGCGGAGGAGGGCCGCAGCGCGCCGGACGCCGGACGCCCAUGGGUCUGCCAGAAGAGCUUCGCGCACUUCGACGUGCAGAGCAUGCUGUUCGACCUCAACGAGGCGGCCGCCAACAGGGUGGCCACCGCGCAGCGGCGCAACACCACCACGGGCGCGUCGGCCGCCUCCGCCACGGCGGCCCUCCCGGCGGCACGGGCGCACGGCCUGGGCGGCCUGGACGCCGCCUUCCCCAGCACGGAGGACCUCAACUGCAAGGAGAACCUGGAGCAGGACCUGGGCGACGACAACAGCAACGACCUGCUGCUCAGCUGCCCUCACUUCCGCAACGAGAUCGGCGGCGAGUGCGAGCGCAACGUGAGCUUCUCGCGCGCAGCCGUGGGCUCCCCGGGCGGAGGCGGCGGCGGCGGCGGCGGUGGUGGCGGUGAGGGUCGCGCAGCGGAGCCCACGCUCAGCGCCCACCGCACCAACGCCAGCAUCUCGGUGCUGGAAGUGCCCAAGGAGCAGCAAAGGACGCAGAGCCGCCCACGCCAGUACAGCAUCGAGCACGUGGAUCUGGGCGCCCGCUACUACCAGGAUCACUUCGUGGGCAGAGAACAUGCCAAUUACUUUGGUGUGGACGAGAAGCUGGGACCAGUGGCUGUGAGCAUCAAGCGAGAGAAGUUGGAGGACCACAAGGAUCACGGACCUCAGUACCAGUACAGGAUCAUCUUCCGGACCCGAGAGCUCAUCACCCUUCGGGGCUCUAUCCUGGAGGAUGCCACCCCCACCGCCAUGAAGCACGGGACAGGGCGGGGCCUCCCCCUAAAGGACGCCCUGGAGUAUGUCAUCCCUGAGCUCAACAUCCACUGCCUACGACUGGCUCUCAACACUCCCAAGGUGACCGAGCAGCUGCUGAAGCUCGACGAGCAAGGGCUGUGCCAGAAGCACAAAGUGGGCAUCCUCUACUGCAAGGCUGGCCAGAGCUCGGAGGAGGAGAUGUACAACAAUGAGGACGCCGGCCCUGCCUUCGAGGAGUUCCUCUCCCUGAUUGGGGAGAAGGUCUGCCUGAAGGGCUUCACCAAGUACGCCGCCCAGCUCGAUGUCAAGACUGACUCCACGGGCACCCACUCCCUCUACACGACAUACCAGGACUACGAGAUCAUGUUCCACGUCUCCACCCUGCUCCCUUAUACCCCCAACAACAGGCAGCAGCUACUGAGGAAGAGGCACAUAGGAAACGACAUCGUGACGAUCAUCUUCCAGGAGCCCGGGGCGCUGCCCUUCACCCCCAAGAACAUCCGCUCACACUUCCAGCACGUCUUCAUCAUCGUCCGAGCCCACAACCCCUGCACUGAUAACGUCUGUUACAGUAUGGCUGUGACCCGAUCCAAAGAUGCUCCUCCUUUUGGUCCCCCGAUCCCCAGUGGAACCACAUUCCGCAAGUCUGACGUCUUCAGAGACUUCUUGCUGGCCAAGGUGAUUAAUGCCGAGAAUGCUGCGCACAAGUCGGACAAAUUCCACACCAUGGCCACCAGGACCCGCCAGGAGUACCUCAAGGACCUGGCAGAAAACUGUGUCUCUAACACACCCAUUGACUCCACUGGCAAGUUCAACCUCAUCUCACUGACCUCCAAGAAGAAGGAGAAGACAAAGGCACGGGCAGGCGCUGAGCAGCACAGCGCAGGGGCCAUCGCCUGGAGGGUGGCAGCUCAGGACUAUGCCCAGGGCGUAGAAAUCGACUGUAUCUUGGGGAUUUCUAAUGAGUUUGUGGUGCUCUUGGACCUGCGCACCAAGGAGGUAGUGUUCAACUGCUACUGUGGGGAUGUCAUUGGCUGGACCCCAGACUCCUCGACACUCAAAAUCUUCUAUGGGCGAGGGGACCACAUCUUCCUGCAGGCCAUAGACGGCUCUGUGGAGGACAUAAGGGAAAUCGUCCAGAGACUGAAGGUCAUGACCAACGGCUGGGAGACGGUGGACAUGACCCUGCGGCGGAACGGGCUCGGGCAGCUGGGCUUCCACGUGAAGUACGACGGGACGGUAGCCGAGGUGGAGGACUAUGGGUUUGCCUGGCAGGCCGGCCUCCGGCAAGGCAGCCGACUGGUGGAGAUCUGCAAGGUGGCUGUGGUCACACUGACCCACGAUCAGAUGAUCGACCUCUUGCGUACCUCUGUCACCGUCAAGGUGGUCAUCAUCCCCCCUUUCGACGACGGCACUCCCCGGAGGGGGUGGCUGGAGACCUAUGACAUGAAUACCUCGGAGCCCAAGACAGAGCCGGAGAGCUUGCCCCCCGGAGGCCGGCCCCCCUACCGCAGCAAUGCUCCCUGGCAGUGGAGCGGGCCGGCCUCCCACAACUCGCUCCCAGCCUCCAAGUGGGCCAGCCCCAGCGCUCCUGGCCACGCCCAGUCCCUGAGCCGGCCCCCGAAGCAGACCCCCAUGGUCCCCUUCCGGGAGCCCCAGCCCCUGCACAGCAAGAGGCCUGUCAGCUUCCCAGAAACCCCUUACACCGCAUCACCAGCAGGGGCCGACAAAGCCCCUCCCUACCGGCAGCCUUCUGGGAGCUUCUCCACCCCCGGCUCUGCCACCUACACGAGAUACAAGCCAUCCCCAGAAAGGUAUGCGGCCGCCCCACACCCACUGCUGUCUUUUGACCCCCACUUCAGCCACGAUGGGAUGUCGAGCGGCGACUCCUCCUCCGGCGGCCUGACCAGCCAGGAGAGCACCAUGGAGCGUCAGAAGCCAGAGCCUCUGUGGCAUGUGCCCGCCCAGGCCCGGCUCUCUGCCAUGGCUGGAAGCAGUGGGAGCAAGCAGACCUCCAGGCAGGACACAGCAGGCAAAGAUUCCCCCAACAGACAUUCCAAAGGGGAGCCUCCGUACUCCAGUCACUCCAGCAGCAACACCCUCUCCAGCAACGCAUCCAGCAGCCACAGCGAUGACCGCUGGUUGGACCCCCUGGACCCCUUGGAGCCAGAGCAAGACCCCCUCUCCAAGGGGGGCUCCAGCGACAGCGGCAUUGACACCACCCUCUACACCUCUAGCCCCAGCUGCAUGUCCCUGGCCAAGGUUCCUCGGCAGGCCAAGCCACACAAGCCUCCGGGAACCAUGGGCCUCUGUGGGGGCGGACGGGAGGCCGCUGGGCGGUCCCACCACGCAGACAGACGGCGGGAGGUCUCACCGGCUCCUGUGGUUGCUGGCCAGACCAAGGGCUACCGCCCGAAGUUAUACUCCUCAGGCUCCAGCACCCCGACAGGCCUGGCAGGGGGGAGCCGCGACCCGCCCAGGCAGCCUAGUGACAUGAGCUCGCGGGCUGGCUACCCUGCUCAGGUUUACAAAACUGCCAGCACAGAGACUCCUCGGCCCUCACAGCUGGCCCAGUCCAGCCCCUUCCAGCUCUCCGCCUCCGUCCCCAAGUCCUUCUUCUCCAAGCAGCCCGUACGCAAUAAGCACCCCACAGGGUGGAAGAGGACAGACGAGCCCCCGCCACGGCCGCUCCCCUUCACUGACCCAAAGAAGCAGGUGGACACUAAUACAAAAAACGUCUUUGGGCAGCCACGGUUGAGGGCAUCCCUCCGAGACCUCCGCUCCCCGCGGAAGAAUUACAAAUCCACCAUUGAGGACGACCUGAAGAAACUCAUCAUCAUGGACAACCUGGCACCCGAGCAGGAGAGAGAUGCGGGGUCACCACAGAAGAGCCUGCAGCGGACCUUGUCCGAUGAGAGCCUGUGCAGCGGACGGCGGGAGCCCAGCUUUGCCAGCUCUGCCAGCCUGGAGCCGGGCCUGCCCAGCGACGUGCUCUUCACCAGUACCUGCGCCUUCCCCUCCAGCACGCUGCCCGCCCGCCGCCAGCACCAGCACCCCCACCCGCCCGGCGGCGGCAGCCCCAGCACCGUCCCUGCCACGGGCAAUGGCUUCCCAGAGAAGAAAUCCACCAUCUCUGCCUCGGAGCUCUCGCUGGCCGAUGGGCGGGACCGGCCACUGCGGCGCCUUGACCCCGGGAUGAUGCCCCUGCCUGACACAGCCGCGGGCCUCGAGUGGUCCAGCCUGGUGAACGCGGCCAAGGCCUACGAAGUGCAAAGAGCCGUCUCACUUUUCUCCCUCAACGACCCAGCUCUGAGCCCGGAGGUCCCACCUGCACACAGUCCUGUCCACAGCCACCUGAGCCUGGAGAGGGGGCCCCCCACCCCCAGGACCACCCCUACCAUGAGCGAGGAGCCUCCCCUGGACCUGACAGGCAAGGUGUACCAGCUGGAGGUCAUGCUGAAGCAGCUGCACACCGACCUCCAGAAGGAGAAGCAGGACAAGGCAGUGCUGCAGUCGGAAGUGGCCAGCCUGCGACAGAACAACCAGCGCCUGCAGGAGGAGUCGCAGGCCGCCAGCGAGCAGCUGCGCAAAUUUGCUGAGAUCUUCUGCAGAGAGAAGAAGGAGCUCUGAGGCGGCUUCUUGGCCGGGCCAGCUGCGGGCUCCCGCUCUCCCAUCUCCCUCAGCUCGCUCCCCAGUUGCGGGCAUGACCGAGAUGACCCAGCCAGGGCCCCACUGCCCUCCUCGUGGACACGGAGACCAUGGGCGGCAGUAGGCCUCACUGGGGCUGUGCGCUGCCAUCUUCUCGGGGUCUUCUGGCCCCACAAGGUGACCCGGUCUCAGGCCCACCAUCUGAACUGCCCAGCUCUGGUCCCUGGACACUGGACCAUGCCCACCCCGGCUUCCGGGGGCCAUCUAGCCUCUUCCUGGGACCAAGCCAUUAGAAGCUGGAGGAAGGGGAGAGAGGGAGGGCUGGCGUGUGUCUCCAAACCCCACAGCUCCAGGAGUCCACAAACCAGCUUUCUUCACUGCAUACAACAGAGUUUGGGCUUCUGGGGCCGAGCCCCCUGCAUGAGAAAUCAGUGUGAGGCUGGCCUGAGCUUCCCCCAGGCCCCAGAGAGGAGGGCCUGUGUAGGACAGCGGCCAGGACUCUUAGUCCCGGUGUGCUCGCUCCAGAAAGCACAGACAUGAACCCCUUCCAACCGUAUUCUUCCAAAAAGCCGCCAGGAGCACUUUCUUCGAGUUUCAUUUCUUUUCUUGGGACCCCAGGAUGGAGAGAAGAAGCCCCAGCAUCCAGAGUCAGCGUCUCUGAGGGGAAACUAUUUGCACACUCGGGACAGUUUCUGCAGUCUUUUUUCUAUCAGCCCCUCAACCACCAGAGGCCACAGCGCCUGGGCCUGGGCCCCCCCACCUUCCAGCUCCUGCCCAGGCCGCAAAGCCCCAUCUCUCCUCCCCAUCACGCCCACUCCCACCGCACAGCCCAGGGCCUCUUCUGGGCACCAGGAAGGGCUCCACGCAGCCCUGACGUCAGGGCUGGAGAGAAAACAGCCUUCGUCUCCUCUCUGGUUUUGUUUUCCCUUCACAAGCGAGCAAGCAGCGGAUGUCUGGACACCCUCACUGUGCUCCCCGGGGGAGUGCUUUGCCGUGUGAACCCCCACGGGACGCUGGUUCUCUAAAGGCAAUAAGGGGCAGCGUGCCAGUCAGCCACGCCAGAGCGGUACUAUGCUGUUCACCCAGGAAACAGAGUUUCUUUUUUUUCCUUUAAAAACAAAAAAGAUAUAUAUAUAUAUAUUUAUUUUUUCAUGUGGAGUUGCGCCAGAACAAGUCUGGAUGGCCACAGUCUGUGGAUUUCCCCCCAACCUCAAGCUGAGGAUCAAGGUGUGUCCCCUACUGGCUGGGACUCAGUGGGAGGACUCCCGAGAGAUCCAGGCACAGUCAGGGGGAGCAGGCUGGUGGGCUUUCCCCUUCGGGGAGGCCCCAGGCAGGGGGAGUUGGCCCCUCUCCAGGCAGCACUCUGGGCUGGAAGCCAGCACCAGGUGGCCCAACCCUGGUCCAGAGACCCUACCACUUUCUCUUUGGGGCCAGAAACCUCAGGGAAGGGGGCUGUGGGAACCGCACAGGACACAGGCGCUCGGAGAGAUGCCAGGGUGGGCCAGCAGGGGCAAGAGGAAAGGGCACUCUUGUCUCCUUGUGAUCACCCUCUGACCCCAGCAGCGGCAGCCCCAUAGAAACCCUCAGAUCUGCCAUCUCCCACCCCUCACCGGCACAGUGAGAGGAGAGCGCCGCAAGGGGGAGCCCCCUUGGUCUUCAGCCCUGGCCAACUACUGUGAUAUCUCUGCCCCUCUUCCCCACCCCCUUUUUGGAAGGGUUCUCUAGGACCACUCCACCGCCCUUUCCUCAGACCCUAACCUGGAGGCUGCCCUCCCUUUUUUUAAGUUCUCCAUAUCUUCAGAUUAUUCAAAUCAUUUUGGGGACCUAAUCAUGUACAUUGACAAGUGUAAAUUAUGAUUUUGUUUUUGGUUUUGUUUUCUGUUAUUUUUUUAAGGAUCUCUGCAAAAGAAAUCUAUUUAAUUUGAGGUUGGCAUUCUCUCUGAAGGCUGGAAGAUAGCAGGGUUUUGUUGUUUUUUUUUUUUUCAUAUGUUGAUUUGUUUCAUUUGGCUUUUUUAUUCUUUAUUGUCUUUUUUUUUUUUUUUCCUAUCCCGGUCUUGAGAUUUUCUGGCAUGUUUCUGGAGGUUUCAAAGGAAAUAAAUGUUUCAUAGAA